AUGAAGAUGACCAACUUAUUUUGGCUGACAAUACUAUUAUGUUCCUGCUUCUCAUUACCACGCCUGCACGAAGCUAGCCAAGAAGAGACGCUAGGAAAGCUGAUAGAAGCAAAGAGGUCAUCAUUUUCUUCCCAACAAUCUGAUUUAGUCUCGGAAUUUGAGACCACUAAGUCCACCAAAAGGGCCAAUCUCAACGCACAGGAUGGGUCAAUGGAAGGAGAUAAAAUCUCCAAGCUUCCAGGCCAACCUGAAGGUGUUGAUUUCAAUCAGUAUGCAGGUUACAUUACUGUGGAUUCAGAGAAUGGAAGGGCGCUUUUUUACUAUUUCGUGGAGUCACCAACUGAUUCAUCCAGUAAACCGCUUCUUCUGUGGUUAAAUGGAG